CCAGCUCAAAUCGAUGAGGAUUGCUAGAAAUCAUCAACUCAAUCGUGGCCGUUGAUUCUUGGCCCCAUCUCUGCACUAGGGUUUUACUGGAAUCAACCAUCUCCAUUGCAUUUCUCUAAUUCUGACAUCUUAAUUGGGGCCCUACGAUCAAGAGAGAUUAUCAGAGCUGUUCGAUCAAGGGGAAUAUUAAAACGGCGACGUCGUUUUGAGGAAGCUAGGGCGCGAUCAGAUUGGGAAAGAAUUGGGGAUUUCUCACGCAUCUCCAGCUGCCCUAAUUGAUCAGACAGGAGGACAGGUGGAAGGACGAGGGAGCUCGACAGAAGCAGCAGAGUAUUGGCCGUCCUCUGCGUCUGGGUUUUUUGUGCAGAAUCAGUCCACCAAUGGCGAGCUUAGGGAGAGGACAGUGUCUCUCUUUUUUGUCAGGAUUUUAAAUGAAUUUUGUUGUUAUCUUUUGCUGCAAUUUAUGUAAAAGGGGAAGAACAUUGUAAACGAGGCAUUAUGUUGAAAUGAAUUAGCACUUUCUUUCUUCUCUCCUAUUUUCUUCUUCUUUUCCCAUCCCCCUGCUGCUUCUGAGUUUCCGUUUUCUGCAAAGUUUCACUGCAAACAUUACGUUUGGCCUCCGAGCCAUACGAUCUUUGGACCCAAACAAAACGAAACACACACACAAACACCACAACAUGGCUGAUGGAACCAGGUUGAAAGAGAUCCAAGAGGCUCAAAAGAAAACGAACAUAUUAUUAUUGAAUGAGAGGGCUAGGAGACAAGCAAGUGAGGAAGAGAUCCUUGGCCGUUUAGAUCAGGUUUUGGAGGUGCAAGAAGGACUCCUGGCCUCUGUGCUUAACAUAGAACACAGUUUGGUAACUCUCCAACAACAACUUCAAAGUGUUGUUGAAGAGCUCCAACAAUACAACAGGAAUAAAUCCAUCCUAGGGGAAGGUUUAACAGCUUCAGUGGAAAGAGGCUCUACUUCCAGAGCUGUUGUGCACAACUCCUUCAGGCAUGAAGGCAGUAAUGUUCCUAGGCAAGAUCAGCAACAUACAGGAGCCUACAUUGCCCUGAACAAGAUGGAGUUUCCUUACUUUGAUGGCGAAAACGCUAGAAGCUGGGUAAGGAGAUGCACUAGGUACUUCCAACUCAUCCCCAUUCCAGAAGACCAAAAAGUUCCUUUGGCAUCCAUAUAUAUGCAAGGAAAAGCUGAGGUAUGGUAUCAAGGUUACACUCAGAAGAAAGAAUUUAACUCCUGGGAUGAACUGGUUGCUGAUGUCCUUGGGAGAUUUGAAGACCUACACAGUGAAAGGGUCAUGGCAGACUUCAACAGACUCCUCCAUGAGACCACAGUGAAUGCAUACCUGGAGAAGUUUGAAGAACUCAAAGAUCAAAUGCUGAUCUUUAACAGAAACUUAGGGGAAGAGUUCUUUAUGUUAAAGUUUAUCAGUGGAUUAAAGGAAGAAGUAAAGUCCUUUGUAUCCAUUUUUAACCCCACAUCUCUUAACCAAGCUGUUAUACUCGCAAGGAAGCUGGAGCACACUGUGAAUGCAAUCUUGAAAAGAGCACAUCAACCUAGCAGAACCCUCCAGAGUAAAUUUCCUUUUAAACCCCUCAAUAGAAACCUCCCUCAGAAACCAAACUUUCAACCUGGGAGGUUCUUGACAGAAGCUGAAGUCAAGGCUAAGAAAGAAAAAAACCUGUGUUACAGGUGUGAUGAGCCCUAUGCACCAGGGCAUAGAUGCAAAUAUAGACAGGUUUAUAUGCUCUUAAGUGAUGCUGAGGCAAAGGACUUUGAUGAGAUUGCUCAAGGGGACUCAACAGUUGAAGAGGAAAGGGCUGAAGAGGACAUGGCAGUAUCCCUACAUGCCAUGAAAGAACACACCAAUAGUAAAACACUGAGGUUCAAUGGAUUGGUUGGGGAUAGGGAGAUUCUGAUCCUCAUAGAUAGCGGAAGCACUCAUUGCUUCAUCGAUGAGAAGGUUGUAGGGACCCUGGGCUGUGAAGUUGAAGGCAUCACUCCAAUGACAGUUGAAGUUGCUGAUGGCCGCAGGCUCACCAGCAAGGUUAUCUGUCCAAAAUUCUGCUGGGAAGUGCAAGGGCACAAAUUCUCUCACCCUGUCAGGUUGCUGAAACUGGGGAGCUAUGACCUGGUGCUUGGUUGUGAUUGGCUCAGCAAUCAUAACCCUGUAGAAUUGGAUUUUCAGCAGAUGAAAGUGACCCUCAACAGAGCAGGAAGCAAGGUGAUCUUGAAGGAAUCCGGGAAGCAGCCACCAAAGGAGCACAAGAGAAACAACCUUAAGAAGCUAACUUACGAGGAGAGGAAGGCCAAAUUGAUAGAGGUUAAAUGCUCUGAAUUCAGGAGCUGGAAAUGAUGAUGAGGACGAGGAGGAUGAUGAUGAGUGAGACAUCACGCUUUCUUCUCUUCCCAAUCUAACCUUUCUGUUAUCCAUUCUUAUCUUACCUUAUAAAAUUGCCAGUUGCAGUAUAACUUGGACUGUAUUUCUUUGCACGGAAGUUGUACCUAGGUGUUCCGGUUCUCUAGAUAUAGAGAUCAAGUUUUUGGCUCUUGAUCCUGCAUAUGUAUGAUUUUGUUGCAUUCUCUUGACGAAGCAGGUAUAUUAUAUGGGUUUACACUCGAUUUUUGUUCUUUAGAGCACUACACUUAAAAAUU